CAGAGUUAGAACCUGCACGCAGUUACUUCCCAAACACCUUUGGUCUGUUCACUGUCCCCACACCGCACAUGAUGCUGUUUCAUUUCUGUAACACUAGUACUAUUCUUCUUCCUCUCUCAAUAAAUCCCUCUCAAACCCUCAUAUCAUUCCCCACACCACUUUGCCCUUCCCUCUUCUCUUACCUCACGAAAUCAUCAACUUCAACUCUAACAAUGCCUGCCAAGAAAUCCAACAAGCUUCCUCAAGCAGCCGCUCUCAAACAGAUUCUCAAAAGAUGUUCAAGUUUCGGGAAGAAAAACAGCCUUCAUGAUGAGCUAGAAGGUCUUCCUGGUGAUGUGCCAAAAGGUCACUUUGCUGUGUAUGUUGGCGAAAACAGAAGCCGACACAUCAUUCCAAUUUCAAUUUUGUCUCAUCCUGAGUUUAAAGUCUUACUUCAAAAGGCUGAAGACGAGUACGGGUUUAAGCAUGAGAUGGGUCUCACUCUUCCUUGUGAUGAAGUUGUUUUCCUCAACUUAACGGCCAUGAUCCGAUGAAUAAUCUUGGGUCGCUAAGAUAGGAGUAGUUAGGUGUAAGUUACUACUAGGGUUUGUCUGGAAUAUAACUUCAUGUUGAUGGCAUACUUCAUCUAGCUAUAGCCAUGAAGUUCUUCUGACCAUGAUCUACACAUGAACGUAUUGUAAUCUUCUUUGUUUUUAGAUGUUCUUUCUUAUGUUAGUUUGCGUUACCAUGUAGUUUCCAUGGUAGAAAACUCAAACAAAUUUAUAAAUUGUGAAAAUUAUUGUGCUACUUCCUGUUAA